AUGAGUCUGCUCUCUAAUUGUUUAUUUGUACGGCAAGCGCGUUGUCGUACGAGCCUAUUUUGUGGAUCAACACUUAUAAAUGUUUCGCGUUUCUCAUCAGUAUUUAGAUAUUCGUCUACAAAUACAGCCUCGCAGGAACAAAAACAAAGCGAAGCAGCAUCACCAUCCUCAUCGAAUGAAACAACAGAAAAUAAAUCUCAAACUGAACAAAAAUCCGAUGUAGACUUAAAGCAACUUCUUGAACAAAAUACAAAAUUAAAUGAAGACGUUAAUGAAUUCAAGGAUCGUUACAGACGUGCAUUAGCUGAAACGGAAAAUACGCGAGCACGUUUCACUAAACUCGUGAAUGACGCAAAAGUAUUUGGUAUACAAGGCUUUUGUAAAGACUUACUUGAAGUUGCUGAUAUACUUAAUCUAGCAUUAGUCAAUACUCCUAAAGAAGUUUCAACAGAUAUAAGAACAUUAGCAAAAGAUUUUACUAAUCUUCAUCAAGGCCUUGUAAUGACUGAAGAAAGAAUGCAAAAAAUAUUUGCAAAAAAUGGGCUCAUACAAAUAAAGCCUAAUGAAGGUGAUAAAUUCGAUCCAAACUUUCACGAUGCGUUGUUUCAAGCUAAAAUUCCAGAAAAAACGAGUGGAACAAUUAUACAAGUCAUGAAAACUGGUUAUCGCCUCCAAGAUCGUGUCAUACGUGCUGCACAAGUCGGCGUAGCACAAUAA